UUAGAAGAAUCAUAUAAUACAAUAUAUCCACCAUGACUACAUCAUCAGAAGAUGUUUUAAUGCAAGUAGGACAAGUUCGUUAUAAGAAAGGAGAUGGUACUUUAUAUGUUAUGAAUGAACGAAUAGCUUGGAUGCUCGAUAAUAGGGACACUGUAUCUGUCAGUCACAAAUAUGCUGACAUUAAAUGUAAGAUCAUCCGUAUAUCACCGGAAGGAAAGUCAAAAAUACAGCUACAAGUUGUACUACACGAUGGUUCAUCAUCUACAUUUCAUUUUGUAAAUAGAAAUGGGCAGGAAGCACAAAUUAAAGAUCGUGAUGAUGUAAAAGAGUUACUUCAGCAACUAUUACCAAAAUUUAAGAGGAAAGUAAAUAAAGAAUUAGAAGAAAAAAAUAGAAUGCUUCAGGAAAAUCCAGUACUGCUUCAAUUAUACAGAGAUUUAGUUAUCACACAAGUUAUUUCAUCCGAGGAAUUUUGGUCACAACAUGCUGCAGAAUAUACUCAAGCUAAAAAGAGUCAGCGUCAAGAAAUUGGUGUUAACAGUGCAUUUUUGGCUGAUAUAAAGCCACAAACAGAUGGCUGUAAUGGAUUGAAAUAUAAUUUGACUGUUGACAUUAUAGAAUGCAUAUUUAAGACGUAUCCUGCAGUAAAAAGAAAACAUCAAGAAAAUGUGCCUCACAAAAUGUCAGAAUCCGAUUUUUGGACAAAGUUCUUUCAAUCACAUUAUUUUCAUCGAGAUCGUAUCAAUGCAGGGACCAAGGACCUAUUUACCGAAUGUGCCAAAAUAGACGAUCAAGAAUUAAAGAAAGAUAUUCAGUCGGGUAUUGAUGAUCCAUUGGUGGAUAUUACUUCGUUCGAAGAUCAAACUUUGGAUGAGAACUACGGAAGUGGACCCAGCAAAUCUGACAAAGUUUCAGGAAAUAUUGUACAUCAAAGUAUGAUCAAAAGAUUUAAUCAACACAGCAUAAUGGUUUUAAAAGCCAGCACUGCGAAGCAACUUAUCCAAUCAACUCAACCACAAUUAAAUGGAUCUGCUCCAUCCGUGAGUAAAUCUGCUACACUUUCUGAUCGAUUAGAUGAACCACCAAAAACCAAAAAGCUUAGAAUACAAGAAAAAUUAACGUACGACGACCUUGACUCAAGCUGUGACAUAAACACAAAGAAUAGUACACCGUUAAAUUUGGCACACAUAGAUAGAUAUUUACACGGCCCAGUACCAGGAUAUGGCAAUACAGUACCGACAUCGGAAGAUUGGCUGACAGGAAAUAGUAUACCGAGGCAAUUAGCAACCUCAUUAGUCAGUCCAGCUGCAGCCGUCUCAGCUUUAGGAGAAUUAACUCCAGGUGGUUCCCUAAUGAAGGGCUUUAGAGAAGAAAGUCUUGGACAACUAAUACCAAAGGAUUUAGAAAAAGAGUUACGUAACGUUUAUGUAUGCACAUGUGAACUCCUGAGGCAUUUUUGGCGUAGUUUUCCACCUACAACGCCACAGCUUGAAGAAAAGGCAAUUAGAAUGCACGAAGCAUUACACAGAUUUCAUUCUGCUAAACUUAAACCGUUUGAAGAUCGUGUUCAACGUGACUUUUCCGCUGUCAGUCAACACUUGACAAGUCAUUUAAAUCAGCUGUUAAACACGGCGUAUAGAAAAUUUGCAGUCUGGCAACAACGUAAAAUGCAAAUGAGGUAGCCGUUAAAUAAUAUGUCGUAUAAGUGAAAAGAGCGUGAAUAAA